ACUCUGAAUAUGUCUGGCAUAGCUCUUAGCAGACUUGCACAGGAGAGAAAAGCCUGGAGAAAAGAUCAUCCAUUUGGAUUUGUAGCAGUACCUACAAAAAAUCCAGAUGGCACAAUGAAUCUAAUGAACUGGGAGUGUGCUAUUCCAGGAAAGAAAGGGACACCAUGGGAAGGAGGCUUAUUUAAACUACGGAUGCUUUUCAAGGAUGACUACCCUUCUUCACCCCCAAAAUGUAAAUUUGAACCACCAUUAUUCCACCCAAACGUGUAUCCUUCAGGCACAGUGUGUCUCUCCAUCUUAGAGGAGGAUAAGGACUGGAGGCCAGCAAUCACAAUUAAACAGAUCUUGUUAGGAAUACAAGAACUUCUAAAUGAACCAAAUAUUCAAGACCCAGCUCAAGCAGAGGCUUACACAAUUUACUGCCAAAACAGAGUGGAAUAUGAAAAGAGGGUUCGAGCACAAGCCAAGAAGUUUGCACCAUCAUAAGCAUCUGUCAUGCAGCAUCUUAAAAAGGAAGGGAUUGGUUUGGCAAGAACUUGUUUACAAAAUUUUUGCAAAAUCUAAUGUUGCUAUGUACAAUUAAUAUCCACUUAGGGGAGGGGGUUGUAUGUGUGCCAUUUUCCAUAUUCGCCACUUGUAUACAGUUCUAAAUUUGCUGAAUUGCCCCCAGUUUUUUCAUACAGGGUCUCUUCCUUCAGUCUUUUGUAUUUUUGAUUGUUAUGUAAAACUUGCUUUUAUUUUAAUAUUGAUGUCAGUAUUCAACUGCUGUAAAAUUAUAAACUUUUAUACUUCUAUAAAUUCACUAGUAUCUCUAGUUACUUUGCUAUCUGAUGCAGGCAUGCUUUAAAAUGUUAGAACUAUAUUUAGCCUCUAGCUGGCUGUAUGGAGAAAAAAAAAAAAAAAUCAUGCCCUCCACCCGCUUCCCUCCCUGAACUUGUUUUUCUAUCUUUCAGAAACUAGGUUGUUAUUGCUUAAGAGCCUCUGAGAUCCAAAGUCAGCCAGCCUCCUUAUUCUGCAUCACUUCCUUUGUGUUUAUAUGGCGUUCUGUCUGUGUUGCUGUUUAGAGUAAAUAAACUGUUUAUAUAAAGGGC